AUGUCGAACUAAAUAAUACAAAUAAUGCACCGCAAAAUUAAUCAAGCUUUGAUAGCUCUACUGUUCCUUACCACGACCAAAGCCCUACAGGAUGAAACAACUUUUCCUGCAAAUGAAGAGACAGUGUUUGUAAACACAAUGAAACCUGUUAAUCUCGUCAGCGAGAAGUAUUUAUCUGUUGCAAUGAACAUGGGUUUCGUGCAAGAACACUGGAAGCAUUUUGACUUCUCCUCACCUCGUGUCUUCACCCUUGCUCGUGGGCUUUCACCAGCCUAUUUACGAUUUGGGGGCACAGCUGAAGAUUGGUUGCAUUAUAAAGAAAAAGAUUCCUUUACUGAAAACUUAGAUAACGACGACAUUCCAAAUCUCUGGAAUUUAAGCUUAAAGAAAGUUCAGCAUAAGAACUUUACAGAUUACGAUAUCAAUGGAGAUGAUUUGGAUAAGAUGCAUUUUAUCGGUAGUAAAGCUGGCUGGGAUGUUUUAUUUGGACUUAAUGUUUGUCUGCGAACUAAAGAUGGAAAGUGGGAUUACUCGAAUCCUUUGAAAAUAUUGGAUUAUGUUGGUGGAAGAAAUUACAGCUUUGUUUGGGAGCUGGGAAAUGAACCCAAUCAUCUUGGCAAGUUCAACAGGUCUAUUGAUGCAGAAAGUCUGGGAGAUGCCUUCAACACCCUGAGGAGUAUUCUUGACAAAAACCCACAUUAUGGGGACUUUAUUGUUGGUCCUGAUACCACCAGGCCCAAGAAAAAAUCAAUGAAUUUCCUAAAAAGAUUCUUAUCUGUUGCUGUUGAUGCUGUAGAUGCCAUAACAUGGCACCAAUACUAUUUUGAUUCAAAGACAUGCAAAGUUGAAGAUUUUUAUGAUCCAGAAAUCUUUGAUUACCUCCUGAAGCAAUUAAAACUUGUUAAUAGUGUAGUGUCGGAGGCUGCACCCAAUAAACGGCAUUGGAUUGGCGAAACAGCUACUGCUUGGGGUGGAGGAGCGGCAGGAUUAUCUAGCCGAUACAUUGCAACAUUAUCGUGGUUAGAUAAGCUAGGAUUAGCUGCUCGUCUAGGGGUUGAAGUAGUCAUCAGACAAACAUUUUUCCAUGGAGAUUAUGCAUUACUUGACGACCAGUCAAACCCUGUCCCAAACUACUGGUUGUCACUUCUGCACAAGAGACUCGUGGGACAAAAAGUGCUGGAUGUUGAAAAUGGCUUGGAGGAGAAUAGAGUUGUUAGAAUAUAUGCCCACUGCACUAAUACUAAACCAGGGCAAUAUGCUACAGGCGCAGUAACAAUAUUGGCCAUAAACUUAGAUCCAAAUGAUACAGCUUUGCUCAAUUUAAAAGGCAAAUUCUAUCAACUACCUGUGGAUCAAUACUUGUUAUCCCCUCAUCAAGAGAAUAUUACAUCAGAGUACGUAGAGCUUAAUGGAGAAGUGUUAUUAAUGAAAGAUGACCACAUUCUACCAUCACUCAAUCCUGUCUCUGUUCCAGCAGGAAAGCCUCUGGCUCUGCCUCCUUUAACAUUAGGGUUAUUUGUAGUUCCCAAUGCUGAUGCAGAAGCUUGUCUAGAAUAGACGGUUUUCUCAAGAUUGCGCACGCAUCCAAAUUCAAGGAACUUGACGGGCCACAAUACUGGAACACGAGUAUUAUCAUGCAUUGCCAUGAAAUGUUUUUCGAUAAGAAUUCAUAAAAUCGAUUAUUCUCCUCUUCAAAUAUAAAUGUGCCUUCUCAAUUUUACUGAAUUUGCGUUUUUCAGUUUUGUGGCCCGUAAAGUUGGAUGCGUACGCAACCUUGAGAAAACGGUUUGUUGGACCAUCAAGGUUUAUUUUUGAGUUAAGGAUCUUGGGGGGUGUGGGUAGGUAUUAAUUGGGUUUUA